UUACACACACACAAAAUUCACGCCUUCAGAUCAAAAACGCUUGAUACUAGUUAGCGGAGUUAAUUAAAAAUGGCGGAGCCACUCCGCCCAUAGUUAAAGGACCUCAUUAACUUUGACGCGUUAAGAUCAAGCGAGGUGGUGGUUGAGCUCGUCUCAAGUGGUCUGAAAUGGCCUCUGUGAAUGCAGUGCAGCAGCAUCUGAACUUCUCCAGCAGUGGAGAGGAGGACAGCAGUGACAAUAGCUUUGAAUGGGCACACAGAAGUGUUCCUCUCAGAAGCCCCUGUCGGACACCCCGGAUACAGCGCCACCGCACCAGGAGUAUCACGGUUUCCCCUUCCAUCCCUACUUCUCCCAUACCAUAUGCUGCCUGGAAAAAACUCCGGCUUUGUGACUCGCCCAGUACACCAAAGAGUUUGCUAUCUAAAUCGACCCUCCCUUGCUCUAGCAGCAAGCCGUGUCGGAGUCAAAGGUUCCUUCGUCCGCCUCCUGCUUUUGACCAUGUGCCCUCAGUGAACAUUAACCCUUUCACACCAGACACGGUGCGCAGGAACAGUGAACGCCACCACAAGAGGAAGAGCCAAAGGAGUGAUGAUUAUGAGGAUGAUGCACAAAGAUCUACAGACACUCAGAACUCCUCAGAGGAUGAAAAUUUCUUCCUCCCCUCAAAGAGGCCAGCAGUGUCAUCCCGCAUGCUGUCACGUUACGAGAGUGAGUUUCUAGAGCUGAGCUGCAUCGGCGUGGGCGAGUUUGGUUCCGUGUAUCGGUGUGUGAAGAGGCUGGAUGGUUGCAUGUACGCCAUCAAGCGCUCACGCAGGCCUAUUGCAGGCUCCGCCAAUGAGCAGUUGGCCUUAAAGGAAGUAUAUGCCCAUGCAGUGCUGGGUCAUCACCCUCAUGUUGUCCGAUACUACUCUGCCUGGGCUGAAGAUGACCACAUGAUUAUUCAAAAUGAGUACUGUGAUGGUGGUAGUCUCCACGAUGCUAUAACUGAAAAGGGAGAGCAAGGGGAGUACUUUAGAGUUCCUGAGCUAAGGGAUCUGCUCCUACAGGUCUCCAUGGGGCUCAAGUACAUCCACAGCUCAGGCCUAGUGCACCUCGACAUUAAACCCAGUAAUAUUUUCAUCUGCCAUCGACCCAGUUCAAGUGCUGGUGGUGAGGGAGAGAGUGAAGAAGAGGAUGAAGGCCCCUCCUCUGGGGUUGUAUAUAAAAUUGGUGACUUGGGUCAUGUAACGUCCAUCUCCAGCCCUCAGGUAGAGGAAGGCGAUAGUCGUUUCCUGGCCUAUGAGGUUCUGCGAGAGGACUACACUCAUCUUGCUAAAGCAGAUAUUUUUGCACUGGGCCUGACCGUGUUAUUAGCUGCUGGAGCUCCACCACUUCCUCAGAAUGGAGACAACUGGCAUAGCCUCAGACAGGGUGAGCUACCCAGCCUGCCCCAGGAGUUACCAGCACCCUUUAGAGACCUUUUAAAGACUAUGUUAGAUCCUGACCCUACUACAAGGCCAUCUGCAUCCGUGUUGUGUCGGCAUGAUGUACUGCGCAAGGAGAGAGCCGGCAAACUGGCUGCACAGCUUCGCAAGGAGCUAAAUGUGGAGAAGUUCAGAACAGCUAUGCUGGAAAGAGAACUCAAGGAAGCCAGACUUGCUGCUACCUCACCACAACAAUCAUCUCAACCGGGGUCUCUUCCGAAAGCUGGGAGGAAGCUUGUGGGUAGAAGCGCAGCCCGUUCCAUGAGCUUUGGUUUUCCUGGAUACUAGCACUGACUCUGCACUGAGUUUGUCAUGUACUGCAUGUCAACAUGCCUAUAAACUGUACUUCUGGUAUACAGUAGUCAGACACUUUUGCAUGACUUGGCAUGUCACUGGUAAAAUGGGAACUUCAUAUCCGCUUCAGUGACUCAAUGAACGUGGAAAUAAACACUGCCACAGCUGUUUUUUUGGUGCGUGAAUCGGCGCAUAUUUAAGGUUUACUGUUGAAUGCCAAAUUUAUCUUGUCAAAUAACCAGUGCAUUUUAAUUGUAAAUAAAGUUUUUAAAUGUU